UUCAGGUGACUGGAGUUCACGUGACGUGCGCACGUGACCGCCAUGGCCGCCAGCCGGUACCGGCGGUUCCUGCGGCUCUGUGAGGAGUGGCCCGUGGAGGAAACCAAGCGCCAGCGGGACCUGGGCGCGGCCCUGCGACAGCGCGUGGCACAGGCCUUCCGCGAGGGAGAGAACACCCCGAUCGCUGACCCCGAGGCCUGUGACCAAAUGUACGAGAGCCUGGUCAGGAUCCACACCAACUACUACAAAAACAAGUAUCCACGGCUGAAAGACACGACCUUCACCGGGGUGACAGUGGAGGAUUGCAGGAUGAUCCUGGCAACAGACAUUCUGAAACAGAUGGAAGACAUGAAAAAAGGGACGUGGAGGAGACUGCGGGAAAAGUUUUCUGCCAAGAAACCCGAGGAGGACUCGAAGUGAGGGCCCAGCUCUCAGCUUCUCCACUGUACAUAGCCCUGAAGCUCUGUGUGUUGCCAUGAUGAAUAAAACCAUUUAUUCCUCUUA